UUGUGAGUGUUUUUUUUUCCAUUUUCUGAAAUUUGUGCUGAGCAUUGCUUAUUUGCUUCCAUCCAUUUUUGUUCCUUUUAAUUCGAUUUGGAUUGCAGAAAAAGAAAAGAAAAGAAAAGACUAAAAAUUUGGACGAUAAGCAGAAAAGAGAGAGGAGGGCCUCUCGCCCUCUUAUUAAAACCUUGCCUUCUCCAAAUCUGAAGAUUUCUCAAUCCUAAAAUCUUUUUUUUUUCCUCUUUCUCCGUUUCUUUAUUUUCGGUAUUACACACAUACAUAGAUUCUCUGUCUUCUGGGUUUUUCAUUCCUUCCUUCCUCCAAGCUUACACCUUUAUUGAUCAUUUGUGUUUUUUUUUGUUUCUGCAGGAAUCCAAGAUCGUGGGUCGAUCGGUUUUUACACAAUCCGAUCACGACCCAUCUGCUCUUUUUCAUCCUAUUUUGCUUCCCUUGAGAAAUGGAAAUGGAAUCAUGUAAGCUCUUCAUCGGUGGUAUAUCUUGGGAAACCAGUGAAGAUCGUCUUCGUGACUAUUUUCACAGUUUUGGUGAGGUUUUAGAGGCUGUUAUUAUGAAGGAUCGUGCCACUGGCCGUGCUCGUGGCUUUGGUUUCGUUGUCUUUGCUGAUCCUAAUGUUGCUGAAAGAGUCGUCUUGCUUAAACAUAUCAUUGAUGGUAAAAUUGUUGAGGCAAAGAAGGCUGUUCCAAGAGAUGAUCACGUAGUAUUUAAUAAAAGUAACAGCAGCCUUCAGGGAUCACCUGGCCCAUCAAACUCCAAGAAGAUCUUUGUGGGAGGUUUGGCAUCAUCCGUGACAGAGGCUGAGUUCAAAAAGUAUUUUGCUCAGUUUGGGAUGAUCACUGAUGUUGUGGUGAUGUAUGACCACAGAACCCAGCGGCCUAGAGGCUUUGGGUUCAUUUCAUAUGACUCUGAGGAAGCUGUUGACAAAGUACUGCAGAAGACAUUCCACGAACUCAAUGGUAAGAUGGUGGAGGUCAAACUGGCUGUUCCUAAGGAUAUGGCUCUCAACACAAUGCGGAACCAAAUGAAUGUAAAUAGCUUUGGCACUAGUAGAAUCAGUUCAUUACUGAAUGAGUACACCCAGGGAUUCAGCCCGAGUCCAAUCUCUGGUUAUGGAGUGAAACCUGAAGUUAGGUACAGUCCAGCAGUAGGUAAUAGGGGAGGAUUCUCACCGUUUGGACAUGGAUACGGAAUCGAGCUGAAUUUUGAGCCAAACCAGACUCAGAACUACGGUUCUGGUUCCAGUGGAGGCUUUGGACGACCCUUUAGCCCUGGAUAUGCUGCGAGUCUCGGCAGGUUCGGUAGCCAAAUGGAGUCGGGAGGAGCUAGUGUUGGGAACGGUUCUGUCCUAAAUGCAGCACCAAAGAACCAUUUAUGGGGAAAUGGUGGUCUAGGUUACAUGUCAAACUCUCCGAUAUCAAGAAGCAGCUUCAGUGGAAACUCUGGAAUGUCUUCACUAGGCAGCAUUGGUGACAACUGGGGAACAGUUGCACGUGCACGCAGUAGCUACCACGGUGAGAGAGGAGGUGUAGGAUUAGAAGCAAUGAGAGGAGUUCAUGUUGGUGGUUACAGCAGCGGCUCAAGCAUCUUGGAGGCAGACUCUCUGUACAGCGACUCGAUGUGGCUUUCGCUGCCUGCAAAGGCAGAGGAAGGAUUGGGAAUGGGACCAUUGGACUUCAUGUCUAGAGGACCAGCUGGAUACAUCAACAGGCAACCAAACGGAGGAAUUGCAGCUUAGAGAAGUGACAAAUCUAUACCAUGGAGAUCAGAUGAUUGCAGAAGAGAGUUUUUAGAAGAGGAAAAAAGUUUAUUAAAAAAAAAAAAAUUAUUGGUACCAAAAAGCUUAAAGCUUUUAUUUACUUUUUACUAUUUUGAUUUGUUGUUAUAGCUUUCUUUUCACCCUUUUUUCUAAUUUGGGGUUUUGUUUCUUUUGUUUUUAUCGUUAAAGAAAAAAGAUGUAAACUUGAGUGAUAUAAAAAGAGACAAAGAAACAAUGAAGUGUAUUUUGUUCUUGUCUUUCUCUCUCUUUUAUCAUCUAAAUCCAUAUAUUGACAAAUUCAAACAUGAAAACGAAUUAAAAAAAGAGCAAUUUGCCU